CUGAAAAAAAUAUAUAUAAAUCGGUACACUCGGGCGCCGUAAACACCGCGCUUUUACACGUCUGAAGUUGGAUCCAGUUGGAUCAGUCGCUGCGCGGCGCGGCUCUCGCUCGUAGCCGGAAGGAACGGUCGAUAGUGCCCAACUUCAGACGGAACGGCGUGGAUCAUCGUCGUGCUCGUCGUGCGGCACCGCAUCGACCACAUGGUGACGGCGGCAGGUGACGGUGGGUGACGGUGGAUAUUAAAAUGGCUUCGUCCGUACCCUGUGUCGCUGUGAGAGGGUCCAAUGGUAUAAAUCUAGCGUACGGUCCACCGUCCUAUGAAUCGGUCAAAACAUUUCCCAAAGAUGACAGCAAAAAUUGCAAGACCAUGCUCUUCAGCCCGGACGGUCAGUACUUUGCGUGGUCUAAUGGAUCCAAGGUUAAAAUCGUCCUGUGCAAGACGUGGCAGGUUAUCGUGGAAAUCCAAAGACCUAAAAUUUGUGCUCUUAAAUUCUCCAGUUACAGCAAUUACCUCGCGACUUGGGAACCAUCCUUUGUAACAAAAGAAGAACCUCAAGGAUCACAAAAUUUUCACAUAUGGAAGUCUGAAACAGGUGAACCAGUUCAGCAUCUCAUCCAGAAGAGAUCGGGAGAUUGGGAACCGCAGUGGUCGAGUGACGAAACGUUCUAUGGAAUAUUGAAAGGAGGAAAUGUUCUUUUAUAUGAAAAUAACAACUUCGAUAGAUAUGUACACAAAAUAGGUAAAGGCAACAUUGCCAAAUUUAGUAUAGCACCUGGUAACGCUCCCUAUCAUAUUCUCUGCCAUAUGCCAGGAAGCGCCGGUCAACCUUCCUUUGGAAGAUUAUUUAAAUAUCCAAAGUUCGAGAUUGGAGAAGCGAUCGCAAGCAAAAGCUUUUUUCAAGCAGACAAAGUCGAUAUGUAUUGGAAUCAAUCUGGAACAAAUGUUUUAUUGAUGACAAAUACGGAAGUUGAUAAGACCGGCGCGUCGUAUUAUGGAAAACAGACAUUGCAUCAUCUCAACACAAAAGGGGAGACUUCUAUGGUUAUGCUCAGUAAAGAAGGUCCUAUACAUGCAGUGGAAUGGUCUCCCAGGAACACAGAAUUCUGUGUGACAUACGGCUUUAUGCCGUCUAAAACAACGUUAUUUAAUUGUAAAUGCGAAGCUGUCUUUGAAUUCGGCAUGUUGUACAGAAAUAGUAUAUAUUAUAAUCCACAUGGCAACAUAUUGCUUUUGGCUGGGUUUGGUAAUCUUAGGAGCGGCAUCGAAUUAUGGGAUGUCAUUAACAGAAAACUCAUUGCUAAAACUGAUGCACCGGACACCACGCUGUUGCGAUGGUCACCAGACGGUGAACAUUUCAUGACUGCAACUACAGCACCUAGAUUACGAAUUACCAAUGGAUUUAAGAUUUGGCAUUAUACCGGCUCGCUAAUAUAUCAACGACCAUGGAAUAACCAAGAGGAACUUUGGGAAGUGGCGUGGCAAAGUUUCCCUUCGAACGUCUUCCCACAGAAACCUAUUAGUUACAAAGCAGUUGAGGGUAUUGUCACUAAUCAUGAGCAGUCACAAGCACCAAAAGAAGCAUAUAGACCACCAUGUGCCAGAGGGCAAAAUAUUACAUUUAAAUUGCAUGACGAUCUUGAGGCGCCUUCUAAAUCAAUGGAAUCAAAUCCAUCAAAAGCUGCAUUAAAAAUGAAGAAAAAACGGGAAGCAAAGAAAGCUAAUAAAGAGUUAGAGUCUAACAAUCCUGCUGUUAGUGAACACGUUACAAGCACAACAGCGAGCCUAAAGAUAGAACUAACUGACGAUCCUGAAAAAAACAAAAAAAUUAAAAAAAUAACAAGCAAAUUAGAUCAAAUUUCUAAAUUGAAAGAGCAGUUGAAAGCAGGAAAACAAUUAGAAAUCAAUCAAUUAGACAAGAUUAAAAAGGAAGAUGAAUUGCUAAAAGAACUUGAAGAACUUACUUUAUGAUAAAUCAUACAAAUAUUAAAAAGAAUUAACUCGUUAAAUAAAAAGCGCUAUAACAGAAUGACUUUUUUGAAGUAAAACGAUAUCAAGAGACAUGAAUGAAAAAUGAUCAAAUUGUUCAAUGCAGCUCUGCAACUUGAUAAAAACAACGAGAUUAUAUUAUGAGAAAUUUUGGAUGAAAGACCGAAUCUCUCUCUCUUUCGUCAGUUAUCGAUUGAUAUUGAAUCCAGGAAUUGUGUUCGUAUGCAUAAAUAAUUAUAUUAAUUUUAAUCAACAGAGAACUCUGCUAAUGGUACCGUAUUCAGUACUAUUAGAGGACUACUUAUAUAUUUCUCCUGAUUUUGUUAUUAAUAUAAAUAGAGAGAUGAUGAUAGAGAUAGUUGUAGUGUUUAUACUACCAAUCUUAAAUCAUUAUGUGCAGUUGAAUAAUCAUUAUCGAAUUAACGAAAGUUACUUACGGACUGAAAGUUUAUCAAAUCUUUUCCGAAAUGUGUUCCCGACGACAUGAGAAUGUAAUAUUGUUGCAAUUUGUUCUGUUUAAUUUUUUUCCACGAGAAAUUAAUUUUAGAAUUGGAAGUUUUACAACAACAAACAUUUAGAGUAGUAGAUUUUGCAUUUAAAUCAUCUUUUCAUUUUGCGCAUUUAUAUAGGAACACUACUGUCUGCAAUUGAAAAUUACAGUUCAGAUAAAGAUAUCGGUUACUAGAAAUUUCUGAAAAAGAAACUGUUGUAUAUUUAAAAUUUGUUUCGGCACAUAUUAUUAUUUUGAUUAUGUUCUACUUUGCCAUUUGUUCUUUCUUAUGUACGAUAUUUUUACAUAAAAAAUUUAAGUUGCAAUAUUUUUGUAUUAUAUCAAUAUUGGGGUAUAAAUUCUUCUUGUAAUUUUUAACAUUUAUGGACAUAAAUAUAAUUACCGUAAUGUAUUAUUAAGUAUAAAUAAAGCAUUGGAACAUACAUUUUUCCAAAGUGAUAAAAUCUGUUCAGCUGAAUGCACUGCACUUCAAGAAUAAUAUAUAAGAAUGACGCAUCAAUGAGAAUCUUAUAUAAACAGGAAUAGGAACUACACUUGUUAUGUACAGUGAGAUGAGAUUUAUGGAAAUAAAUUCUUAAAGAAAUUGUUGUUCGAAUA